AUGUACGUACAACAUCACUCACAAGAAUCAACGUCUGAUGGUUGUCAUUCCCCUAGACUCUCAACUCCUGAUAGUUACCACGCUUUGACAGUUUCCAGUCCGUUAUCGACAGCUUCUGAUCCAGGUAUGUCAUCCCAACCGUACACACCUAACUACUACAGACAAGAUUGGUGUAGUGGUAGUAGUAGCACCAACAGAGGGUAUUACGGCGAAAAUAACAACAUCUAUAACAAGUACGACUACAAGUACAAGUCUCAAGGUAUGGACCAUCCGGUGAAUAGUUAUAGUAGACGAGAUUAUUACGAUGAUAGUAAGUAUAAAAAAGAUAGUAAUGCUAAGAGCACAACUAGUCAGCCUCAAACUGGGGUAGAGGUAAUGAAAAAACGUAGAUUAGCAGCUAAUGCUAGAGAAAGAAGAAGGAUGAAUAGUUUAAACGAUGCUUUUGAUCGGCUGAGGGACGUUGUACCCUCUUUAGGUAACGAUAGAAAAUUGUCCAAGUUCGAAACGUUGCAAAUGGCUCAAACUUAUAUAGCUGCGUUACACGAGUUGCUAGAACGAGAUUAA